AUGCGGUGCGCGAGCAAGGCCGCCGAGAGAGCGUCCGCAAGUCUCUGCGCUCGUCAUGAAGACACUCAUGUCUUCACAGAGUAUGAGCUCGGUGUCUCAUACUCUCCCGAUACUGAAGAGGGAUCUGUAUCGACGGCGAUCGAAUCCAAGCCGCCUGCCAAGCGUGGCAUGGAUGAUGCUAUGCGUCUCAGCAUCUUUGGAUCGUCUGACUAA